AUGGGUUCAAUCGACACAUUGGAGUCCUCUGUCACGAGGGCCACCAUGUGUAAGAAAUGCACCAAUGGCAACAAAGUCACUAUCGACUUUCCAGAUGGGAGCUUCACCUUCCACUCUCAGUGGCUCCGUGAUGCUCGUUUCGACAACGGUGCAGCCCGGAAUGCCGAGACAGCAAUGUGCCAGCAGCCGCUCCAACUCGCCCAAGUCGAGAAGGUUCGCACUUCAAGCUAUGGUCUCAAGGAAACGCUUGACAUCAGCUGGAAGGAUGGAGUCAAUAAUCAGAUCCCGCUUCCUUGGCUUCGUGUCAUGGCGCCUCUGGUAGCUGCUCCAGCCGACGACCUUACCGCUUCGCCAGCCCAAGCCGAAGUCAAAGGUUGGACAGUUGACAGUCUGCAUAUCCCAGAGGUAUCCUACUCGAAACUGUUCGCUGGAGAGCUCGAGCCCAAGGAUCUUGAGGAAACCAUUCUUUCCAUCAUCGACCGAAUUCUGGGCUCCUCCGCGCCCGGUAUUGUGAAGAUCGUGGAUCUUCCCGCUCCGAACAUGGAAGAAGAGCACAGCCACAAGAAAAACAUCAACACCCAAGUCCUCAAACGUCUUUUUGGUGCUGUCUUCGUCCACCCAAUUCGCGGUGCCGAUCAGACUUUCAACGUAUCGAGCCACUCCGGCGAUGCCAAUCGCAAGAUUGGACUACCCAAUUACGACACCACCCAAAUUCUUCUGCCGCACACUGACCAUGCCUUCUACGACAACCCCAUCCAAGUCCAGGGAUUCUACGGCCUCGAAGGUACCAGUGAGAACACGUGGAUCUCGUCCCUUCAAGCGCUCGAGACGCUGCGCAGCGAGGACCCAGAGUCUUAUCGCCACCUAUGCAACGCUCCCGUAGCGUUCGGGCGUGUGUCCAAAUUCUACGGCGAGCCGCUGUAUCAAGCCACCACUGACACGGCUGUCACCAUGCACCCAGGCUAUCCAGAUCGCGUGAAGCGCGUGCGCUGGCAUCCGAACUUGACUGGCUACCUGUGCAGCCCGUAUGCCGACUACAAAGCCCAUCGGCUCGCGCAUCAGAAGUUUGAGGAGAUCAUGAGGCGUCCAAGCCACCAACUCAAGAUUGUGUUGAAGCCGGGAGACCUGUACGUCUGGGACAACUUCCGGCUCAUGCAUGGCCGAGAAAAGGUUCUGACCACGCCGCGUACGGGUGUUGGCCAGACGGUGCCUGAGAAUGUCGUUCAUGACCGAUACCGGGCGUUGUGCGUCAAUAUGCUCAAGGGGCAUAUUGAUGGUGAUUGGCUGUGCCAUAUGCCCAUGCAGCAGCUGCGUGAGCUCGUCAAGCUUUUCCAGGGUGGCCAGGAAGACAUCGGGAAUUGA